UUUCGGAAUUCGGUUGCGUGAAGGUACUAAUUCAGCCUUCAGUUUCACACAAAAAAUAUAUAAUUAAUUUUUAAUUCAAGUGAUCUGAAAAAGAAUAAGUGAAUAACAGUGAUAAUCGUAAAUAAAAAGACUAAUUAGGCGAUGAGGCAUAGAAUAUGCUUGCGUAUUGUCAGUACAGUUCUGAAUACGAAAAUGAGAAGUCACACGUACAUUGAUUCUUUGGGCUCGGCCAGAAUGAUGGCACGAGCCCUCGACGGUAAAGCCCUAGCAAAGGAAAUAAAGGAUGAACUAAAAAUCAAGAUCCACAACUGGAUUAACGCCGGACACAGAGCUCCAUCUCUUCGUUGCAUUAUUGUUGGUCAGGAUCCAGCGAGCCAUACUUACGUUAAAAACAAGAUUGCUGCUGCAACCGAAAUUGGAAUAGAGGCACAGACUAUAAAAUAUGAUGCGACUUUAACAGAAGAGGCUUUAAUUGCGGCUAUUGAGCUAUUAAAUAAUGAUAAAACUGUGGAUGGUAUAUUAGUUCAAUUACCAUUGCCAAAUAGUAUUGAUGAGCGGAGAGUGUGUAAUGCUGUGGCCCCGGAGAAGGAUGUUGACGGAUUCCAUAUAACAAAUGUUGGACAACUAUGCUUGGAUAUGCCUACUAUUGUUCCUGCUACUGCACUCGCUGUUAUAGAGAUGUUGAAAAGAUUCAAAAUCGACACAUUCGGACGCAAUGCAGUAGUUGUGGGACGAUCUAAAAACGUGGGAUUGCCGAUAGCGAUGAUGUUGCACAGCGAUAAGAAUCACGAUAGCGGGCUAGGCAUGGACGCGACCGUGACCAUAUGUCACAGGCAUACGCCGCCGGCACAACUUGAACUGCACUGCCGUAACGCGGAUAUUAUAAUCACAGCUACUGGUGUACCUAAACUCAUAAAGGCCGAUAUGAUAAAGCCGGGGGCUACAAUAAUUGAUGUGGGGAUCACGAGGAUUACAGACGAGCAAGGCAAGACGAAGCUAGUGGGCGACGUAGACUAUGAUGAGGUAGUCAAAGUAGCGGGUGCAGUGACCCCAGUACCUGGUGGAGUGGGACCUAUGACAGUAGCUAUGCUCAUGCACAACACUUUCCAAGCUGCGCAGAAGAUUUGGCAACAGUAACAUGCGAUAUUAAUACCGAACGCCACGUCUAUAUUAUUAUUAGAUCUACGUUUUAUGUAAAACUCAAAUAUUGUUUCAAGUUUGAAUCCUUAUGUCGUCAUUUAUUAAAUACCAAACGCACAUUAUCCCGCACUAAUCGUCCAUCGCACAAUCUUCUCUCGAAAUCAAAUCACCAAAUCAGAAUUUCAGAAAUAUCGGCGUGUACAGUAGCUUUAGUAUAAGAUUUCAGUCGUCGUUUUCGAGUGUCGAAUAAUUAUAACGUCGGAGUAAAAUAGAUCUAUUGUUAAUUGGUUUAAAGCUCAAAUUCUAUUCGGGUAAUGAUUUCGGUAGAAAGUUGUGAAAAAAAUUAGUAGUACUGCAACUGCGACUCCAACGCGAUUGACAUUAGAUUCAGUUUACUUCGUUGGUAUAUAUUGGUGUAUACGGGAAAAUGACUUUGCGUUUGCGAGCGUGCAAAUCAUAUACUAAAAGUAGGAAUUUGACAAUUGCGGUCGGCUUAAUGAAAUUAAUUUUAUGAUUUUUUUAUUUCAUGAUUUAUUUUUAAUAAUUUAAUGAAAUAAACUUGUACAAUGUUCAACCAACUUUGUAGAACUUACAAACAAAUUUGUUUGUGUUUGUUAAAUGUUGACCACAAUAGUCAAUGAAUGGAAUCUCGCAUGAAUUCGCAACAGUUUUGUUAAAAAACAAAGUCCUAUUUUAACAAAGUGCCUCAAAUAUUAAUUAUUAGUAUUGUAAGAAACAAAGAAACUAUUUAUUUAAAGAGCGUUUCUUGUUUUCUUUAUAGGAAUAAGAUAAAUGACUUAAAGAAGUAUUAUAAUUGUAUCUAUAGAGUAAGUUCAAUUGUGCUUAUGACAACGUUUGACGUUGUGUGUAUAUCAUAUAAUAAUUAUUUAAUUAUUUUGCUAUAGAUUAUAUAGGUACGUAUCUGGAUGGAAAUAAGAACUCGAGAAAGUUCGUUAUAUAUACGAUUUUAACAAAAAUGUUUCAAGAAAAAAUCCCUUAUUAUUUUUAUAGGGCCUGUCUACUAGAUAUGUAGGUAUAUAAUUUUAAGUUGUCAUACAUUCCUUUGGUGGAAUUUUGUUGCAUUUUUUUGGUAAAAGUAGUUUAUAUUUCGUAUGUUCUAUAUAUACAUGUAUAUCAAUAUAAAAAUACAUUUAUCGAUUGAUUAUCCAUGACAUGCAUUUAUUUUAUUUAGUGACUUUAAUUUCGACACCUUUUCACCUUUAAAGACGAGGUGUCAAAGUUGAUGUUUAAUAAUUAAGAUUUCAAUGUCAAAGAAUAAGAACGCAAAUAUAUAUUUUUGAAUUUACCUAGGUAUACGGUUUUUUAUAAACAGAAUAAACUUAUGUUAUAAAAA